AUGUUGCGCCGACAAACCCGCGAACGCCGUGAUUAUCUCUAUCGGAGAGCCUUGCUGCUCCGCGAUGCCUCUAUCGCCGAGAAGCGAGCCCAGCUCAAGGCCUCUCUCGCCUCUGGAAAACCUCUAGAUCCCACAAUCGCAAACGACAAGUCUCUUCGGGAAGACUUCAAAUACGACGAAUCUAAGGGCCAGGAUGACGAGGUGGAUAUUGACGACGAAUACGCCUUGACGUCCGGCGUCAUUGACCCCCGGCCUUUGGUCACCACAUCGCGCUCGCCUUCUGCUCGUCUCGGCGCUUUUGCCAAGGAGAUUCGACUUUUGCUUCCCACUGCCAUUCGCCUCAAUCGUGGUAACCUCGUUCUUCCUGACCUCGUCUCAAGUGCAACCUCCGCUUCCUUGACCGACAUGAUUCUUCUGCACGAGCACCGUGGUACACCUACCGCCAUGACUGUUUGCCAUCUCCCUCACGGCCCGACUGCCAGUUUCUCGCUUCACAACGUUGUUCUUCGCGCCGAUAUUCCUAACUCCGCCCGUGGUACUGUCUCGGAGAGCUACCCCCACCUGGUCUUCGAGGGCUUCACCACGAAGCUAGGUACCCGCGUCGUUCAGAUUCUGAAGCACCUUUUCCCUCCCCGUGAAACUGGAAAGGUUGGCAACCGUGUCGUCAGCUUCGUCAACAAGGAAGACAGCAUUGAGGUGCGACACCAUGUCUUUGUCAAGACUGGAUAUCGGGACGUUGAGCUUGCUGAGGUCGGACCGCGCAUGACGAUGCGACUCUUCGAGAUCCGGGGCGGUACCCUUGAGAAGGGCUCCAGUGGUGACAUUGAAUGGGCGCUCACUCAGUACACAAGGACUAGCAGAAAGAAGGAUUACCUUUGA